CUUUCCUCGAUCUUUUUGUCCGGAUUAAAGAGUUUAUUUCUGUCUUUAUGGUUCCAGUCCAUAGUGAAGGAUUGGAUACGCCAUGACGUCAUUGCUGCUCCUCAUCUUCACUCUUCAUCUCGUUUCAGCAGCUGCCCAUCUUGUGCGGUCUGAUGUUGACGCCUUAUCUGCCUUGAUCGUGGACCCUGCUUGCUCACUUUCUGGACCACUUUGACUACCAUGGAGCUUCCUGAUGUGCAAUGUUGUGUAGAAAGCCUCACCUGCAUGCAACUGACCAUCUUAAUGGUGCCGUUUCUGCACCGAGUCAAACGAAACUCCCACUCUCUGGACUACUUUUUCACUGGAGUCGCACCAGGAAUCAACUGUGCAGAGUUCGCUGUUGUUGGACACGUGGACAGACUUCAAGGCGGGUAUUUUGACAGUAACAGCGGGAAAGUGAUCCUGACGGGAGAGUGGCUAAAGGACAAUAAGGAUGAAGAGCACUGGAACAAGAUAACAAAGAUUUCACAGUUUUAUCAGGAGGACUUUAAUGUCAUUAUACCUGCAGUAAUGAAGCUCUUCAGUCAGACUGGAGGGAUUCACACAUGGCAGUGGACGAUUGGCUGUGAGCUGCAUGGCAAUGGAACUAAGAGAGGAUACAGCCGAUACGGUUACGAUGGAGAAGACUGGCUCACUCUGGAUCUGAGCACCUCCACCUGGACUGCAGCCAACGCUAAAGCUGUUAUUACCAAACAGGAGGAGAAUACAGCUAAAGCCAAAGGCCAUAAGAACUUUCUGGAGAAUGAUUGUAUUGAGUGGUUACAGAAGUAUGUGGAAUUCGGCAGAUCCACUCUGGAGAGGAAAGUUCCUCCUGAGGUGUCUCUGUUCCAGAAGGACUCUUCUUCUCCAGUGGUGUGUCAUGCUACAGGUUUCUUCCCCAAAGCAGUGAUGAUCUCCUGGCAGAAUAAUGGAGAGGAUCUGCAUGAGGACGUGGAGCUCAGUGAGACGCUACCCAACCAGGAUGGAACCUUCCAGAAGAGGAGCAUUCUGACCGUCUCACCUGAGGAGCUGGACAGACACAACUACACCUGCAUCAUUCAGCACAGCAGCCUGGAGGAGCAGGUGGUGUUACUGGUGUCUGAGCGCAGAGUUUCAGGUGGAGUCUGGAUUGGUACCAUCAUUGCUGCCGUAGUGACUGUUCUCCUGAUUUUCAUCUGCGUUGGAGUUUUUGUGUGGAUGAUGAAGAAGUAGCAGUCUGGUAAGAGAAGGAAAUAAACACGUCCCAACACUACGGAAUUACUAACUGAGGAUUUACUGUGGAUUACAAAUAUGUUAUUCAGACUUUUAUUUCGUAGCAUCUCAAAACCAUCACUGAACCGAAUCACAAUAGACCUGGAAUACGGCCUGUUUAGAGUGACACAUGACACAGUGGCUAAUAUUUGUAACAGAUAUUCCAGGUUUUUUUUUAUAAACUUUUAAUUUUAUGUAAACUAAGAGCCAGAUACAGUCAUAAAAUAAAAAGCUCUGUCAGCUGUUUAGUCAGUAACAAUGUUCAGUGUAAAACAGUUGCUCUGUAUGGAAUAGAGAUGCAUCGUUUUCAUUGUGUAUGUGUUUGUUCGGCUCUGACUCUUGUAAAAAUCUGAAGUCUGUUUAUGCAUAUUAAUGAAACACUCACUGUUAGCAGUCUGCUAACCCUCCGUUAUAAAGAAAGAACACUCAAGUAGAGCUGAAAUAGGUGUAGGUGUCCUUGAGCAAGACACCUAAAGCCCAACUGCUCCCCGGGUGCUGCCGAUAGGGCUGCCCACCGCUCCGGGCAAGUGUGCUCACUGCCCCCUAGUGUGUAUGUGGUGUUUCACUGCCCAGAUGGAUUAAUGCGGAGAUGAAAUUUCCCCAUUGUGGGACUAAAAAGGGUCACCUAAUAUUAAUCUUAAAUAGUUCAGUCCUGAAUUCCAUGUAUGAGCCCCUUAAAACUGGCAAUUUUUCAUCAUCUCUAGUACACAACAAGCGGUGAAUCUGAGUAUAAACAACAUAAAUGCAUGCCAGUAUACUCAACUCAGCAAACUAACAUAUUAGUUGCUUCUUAAAAGUGCUGCACAUUUUCUGUUGAAACAAAACUCUAUAUUGAGCUGUUUUUGACUGUAGGAGAGACACAUCAUUCAAACCCACGAGUUUCCCGUUUAUCCAGAGACCUUCAGUUGAGGAGAUGUUCUGGUUCUAAUUCAUACUUUACUGUGUAAAGCUAGAACAUUUAUUUGCCUGCACAGCAGAUACCAGACUUCUUUCUACGUCACCUUCACUUUCAGAUUAAACCUUUACAUUUCAGUGGCUGAGAGAUCUUAACACACAAACAGAGGCUGUGCUCCACUGUUGACGUAUGAGUGAAAAACCCUGAAACGUGAAACGCUGUAAAUUUAAAGUAGAACAUGGGAGCUUUUUAAAGAGCUCGGUCACAUCAGUUCCACUGGACCACUAAAAUUCCGUUUAUACUGCCCUUGUGCACCUUUAUAACUUAAUUUGCAUAUAAUUUACCAAUGCAGUCACAUGUUGUUGCGGAACCGUUCUUGUGGUCUUGUGAUACUGGUUCAGUACCAAGUCAAAUACACAAUGUGGCCAAAAGUAUGUGGACACCUACCCAUCAACCUUAUAUGAGCCUGUAGAACAUUCUAAAACCAUAGAAAUAAGAGCUUCUCUCAUGUGUCCUGUAAACAGGGGCCAUAACUCUGUUCUGAAUACGUUACUUGUUAUGUACUGUAAUGAAAUACGUUACCGAACACAUUUAGCUCAGUGUGUUCAGUGUUCAGCCAGCAUUUAUUUUUCUAACUCUUCUGCCAAUCAAUAUGUAUCUAUAGAAGAAUUUGAUUAGCACUGAUUUCAACAAUAUAAGCUUCUUCACAGGGUGAAAGAGUGUCGAGGUGUGUUUUAGGCGGCUUCUACUAAACUUUAAGGAGAUCAAAGAAUCGUCAUGUAAGGUCAAAAUGGUUCAUAGCCGAAAUGCUAUCAAAUCAAAUUUAGUAAUAACUAAUAACUAAUGACUGUAUGAAUUUAGGAUUUGCACCAUGAAACAAUGUGAGAGAGAGAGAGAGAGGGAGAGCUGUUCUUUGUUCAGGAAAUUGUCUCUGUUCGUUCCACUGUGCAGAACAGCGGCUUAGAAGAUGGAUGGAUGGAUGGAUGGAUGUUUCUUUGCUUUUUAAAGAGAAAACAUUCGUGUGAAAUGCCCAAGUGUGUGAAUUUUAAAUAAAACUUUUUUUGUA